AUGAAGGAAUCACCUCCGACAGCGCCGCUCAGCCGAAGUCUCAGUAAGCGUAGCCACGCUAGCCGAAAAUCUGCAACGCACCUGUCACCAUACCCGGCGGACGACUCCUCCGUCGACAAUGACGGCGACAAUAUGCAAGCUGCCCGGGAAGAUCUACCGCGCUUGGCAGUAAACCAACCUUCAGUGCAGCGCAGCGAAGAUGGGUCGUGGCUCGCUGUUCAUUCAGGGCCAGCGGGUAUACAUCCCGAAGCUCGAGAGUCCAUGGAAGCUUCGAAUAUGCCGACACUCGAGGAACAAGAGAAAGAGCGACAACUUGCGGAGAAAAACGCGGACGUCCACGAAUGGCUUGUGCAUAGCGAGGUUUAUGGCCGGGCCGACGAUCCUAAUGGUCCUGCCAAUAACGGCCGCAUACGACGAAAUGCAGGUCGACGCCGAGCGAGAAGUACGAACGAUGCUGGGGCGCGUCAGAGCUUGUCACUUAACCCUGCGUUAGUCAUCCAGACGUCUGUGUUCCCAGAGGCCAGUAUCCCAGGUCCUGGCGUCUACCUCGACGAGGAGAGUGGUGAUGACGAUGAGGAAUACAUCUCUAACCCGGAGAUUGACAUACCGAAGUCGCCUCCAACCAAAGUGCCGAUUGGCUCUGCUGCUGAUGAAGCUUUCUACUCCCCGACAACGCCUUUCUCCACCCAAGCCGCGGCUUUCCCGGGUCAACUCGCUCUUGACUACUCAUGGAGCAACAGAUCUCGGCUUACAGAGCCGUCUGCUGGGUUCCAGCAAUCAUUCACUGCUAAUCAGGCAAUAAUGCGGUUUCGACAAAAAGUCAAGGAUGUGGAAUCUGCAUCUCUUACAGCUACUAUCGGCUCACGACGGCGCAGCGAAUCGGAUAUGGGAAGUUUGUUUGCCGCAGCCGGUAUCUCGGUACGGGUCGGUGACAGAGCCAACACUCAAGAGAAGAGCAAGGCUACUAAAGACCAAGAGCUAGCGCGAAAAGGGUCGGAGAGGCGUGGCAGCUUCCUCGACAGGGUCUCUUUCCGACGAAGUAGCACCAACAAUAUUCUGAGACGGAAGAAGAGCGACGCCGGGCAACAAGAGCCCGAUGGUGGCGCUACGGAUACGGCACAAGGGGACACACAGACCACUACACAGCCGCGAAAGCGAAAAGGGAGUUCGAGCCGGCCCAAAAGCCCUAGACUCGACACAGAUGUGAUCCUCAUCCCUAGUGAUGGCGCACAUACCAGCGCUCUUAGUGCGAGCGCGCCGGGCAAGGCUUUCGCUCAAGCGAGGAACAGUUUAAGAAAAGUCAGAAGCCGCAGCGAUGUAGGGAAAAUGUCUAGGCUGAAGGAGCUUAUGAGUCAGCACGGUGGUCCACCUAUGCUGACACUUCCUUCGCCUGCGAAUGACUCCGGGAGCACUGACGUGCAACGAACUCCUGACACCAAGAUCCUGGCUGAGGAUCACGAUGAGGACGACCUGUCAGCACAAGAUGCCGUCAAGAUGAACCUUGCGGUCCGGUCGGAUCCGAUCAUACCAGAUUACGAGGGUUUCAAGACCCAUAUACAACACUUGAAUCCUCGCUUACCAGAGUAUAUGCUGGAGCGAGCCACUCAGGAACAGAUCAGAAGAUACAAAAGGUUGCUAGAGGCCAAAAUUAAGCAUCUAAACUGCGUCCAGAGAGGGAACUGCUCGUUGGAGUUCUGCACGGCUCUAGGAGGAGAAGGAAAAGAAAUACCACCUCGUACGGAUGGCAGAGGAUUUACCGACCCCCUAUCCACAGGUUUCCACGUGACCGCACCCGGCUCUGGUGAUGAGGGUGCGGAAAAUCUGGGUGACGGUACCGUUCAGCCCGCGCAGUUUCCACUCGGUGUUCCUCAACCGCCUGUCAAGCGGCUACCGGCAGAAUUCGAGUGUCCGCUUUGUUUCCAGGUCAAGAAGUUCUCCAAGCCUUCCGACUGGACGAAGCAUGUGCACGAAGAUGUGCAGCCUUUUACCUGCACUUUUCCGAACUGCGCUGAGCCUAAGUCGUUCAAGCGCAAGGCUGACUGGGUUCGACAUGAGAACGAACGCCACAGACAACUCGAGAGCUGGACAUGUACUAUACCAGACUGCGGACACACGUGCUAUCGCAAGGACAACUUUGUACAACACCUUGUCCGAGAACACAAAGUUCCGGAACCCAGAGCAAGGACUGGGAGGUCUUCGAACGCCGCGACUCGGAACAUGGCAGUGAACCUCGAAGAUAUCGUCAUCGAAGACAUCGUCAGACGGCACAGCGGAGACCAUGCUGCAGGUCAAAUCCCAGAGGACGUCUCCGAACAGGUCUGGGCGUUUGUCGAACUCUGUCGCCACGAUGCCCCAAAACAGCCGGAGGAUGAACCGUGCAGAUUCUGCAGUAACAAGUGCAACAGCUGGAAGAAGUUGACAGUGCACUUGGCGAAGCACAUGGAGCAGAUCAGCCUACCGGUCCUCCCGCUCGUGGAGCAGAAGCACCUCCAACCUGAUUCUGUCAUAAGUCCUGUCGACGCGCAACAACAGCAUCGUUCUCAAACCGUCUCACCAGCUUCCGCGGUUUUGAAGAGCGGCUUGCCUUACAUCAGCCGCAAUGGAUCGACACAUCUCCGAGAGACAGGCGUCGGCCCGCUUGAGAUUGGCUUUCACACAAGCGGUACUCAGUACCCGGUUGUUCCCACUAUUGCUGCUCCAGUGAUGCAUACAUAUCCCCCUCCUCAGUUUGCGAAUCACGGGGUGCAGUACCAUCAAUCCUCGUAUGCCUACAGCGAUCUUUCGAACACUCCAGGAAACUUUUCCGGUAGCACUUAUCCACCUGUUGCCAGCCUAGCGCAGUCCUUUGGCAACGCUCAGAGUGCCGCUUCUGGACCUAGUCAACUGCAGCAACACAGAUAUGCCCCUCAUGCUUCAAGUCGCUUCAUACCCUCAGCAACGCCCACAUCAGCGUACGGGCAACAGCCAAUGUACGCCUCGCCGACUGAUGCAACGCCAUUUCCUAGCGACAGCACGAUGCCAAUGCAGUUCUCUCAUGCGGGGCACCCCACACCUGCUUUGAACACGAGCAAUCAGGCUGUACAGGCCAGCAACCCGUACGAUCAUUCGGAAGCGCUCCCAUGUUCUGGAAGCCAGUACCAGCAGGUGCCGUCGUAUGUGUAUCAGCAGCAGCUGUAUCCUUUCCAUAGCCGGUAG